AUGUCCACCUCCACUCCAUCCUCGGAUGGUGGUGAGCGUCCCCCCUCGGCGCCCCCUUUGCGCCGCACGGCCCGGGCCUGUGACUCGUGCCACCGGAGAAAAAUCCAGUGUGAUCCAUCCAUUCCAUGCAACUGGUGCCGCCACCAUGAUCUGGACUGCACUUUCAAUAGGCCCAUAGGGGGAAGUAAGCGCAAGAGAGCCGCCAAUGAGCCGAACCCCAUGACUCAGUACCAGCUCCCCCCCGGGGAAGACCUCGAGGACAGGGUAACGAAGCUAGAGCAGCUUCUGGUGCGAUCUAUGCCGACCAAUGAGCACCAACGUAAUUGUACCUCGCUGAUCUCCCAAGGGUCCUGGCCAUCGGACCCGGCCGCUUAUUUCGGCCCCCCACGGACGUCGGCCGAUGGUCCCUCAGCCAGCGACUACAUGCCUCGUUCCAGCAGUGGUCUGUGCUUCGGCAAGAUACACUUCGCAGGUCACUAUGUGGGCGACUUAAACUCAUACAAUGGUAUUCCAAGCCUCUCGCUUGACGGUCAGGAAUGGGUGCAGUCACGCACCGGCGAAGACAAGAGAUUCAACAGCCUUUGGCCCUCUCAGCCUCAACGACCGACACCACAGCCACCCAGAUCCUUCUCACAUACACUGCAUGGCUAUGCGGGUGUCCCCGAUCUUCCGGACCGAUCCGUCGUAGAUCAAUAUGUCCAGCGAUACUUUUCUUCUUUCAUCCGAUUCAUUUUUCCUCUUAUCGACGCCUUACUGUUCAAAGAGACUGUCGACCUCGCCUAUUCCUCAUACCAAGAUCCUCUACCGGUGGAGAUGAUAAGCGCCAAAACGUGUGUGAUGACCUUUUUGGCACUUAUGUCGAUGAUCCUCCGGCCGCAAGAUAAUCUUCCUACGGUGGACGCGGACGUCUAUGCAGUCAAGGCACAGAAUCUCUUGCCCCAAAUCAUGAAUGAUGUCAGCCUGUCUACCUUUCAAGCAAUGUUAAUGCUGACCAUGAAUCGAGUCUUCUCUGGUCAACUUCAAGCUGCCAAUCAAUGUCACGCCAUGGGUUGUCGGGUCAUGUUCUCACUAGGAGCCCAGCUUUUACCCAACGAGCGACCGGCUCCCCCGUCACCACAUGAUGUCGAGGAUCGUGUUUGGCGUUAUCACAAACAGCUGCGGAACUUGUUCUGGCUCUGCUAUACCCAUGACAAGGAAAUCUGUCUCCGAUCGGGGCAGCCGCCGAUCAUUGAUGAUGAACACUGCAACCUCUCUCUUCCUGCCGAUUACAUGCAGAUACAGUAUCUUGAAGACGAAGGCGCCGACAGAUCCAUGUUUGAUUUUAUCGGGCUUCCUCACUCCCCGGUCGAUCUGCGAAUGACUGUGAUUAAGUCAAAGGCCUACCGGGCACUGUACUCCUCCAAGUCCCUGCUCAAGUCCGAUGCCCAGCUCUUGCAGGAUAUUCGGGAGCUCGACGACGAGCUGGAGCGUUGGCGCAUGGAUGUCCCGCCUAAAUUUCGUCCAUCCUUAGGACACUCUUUCGAGAGUCAUGAGAAUCCCUUUCUUCGCAUGCAAGCUAUAGUCUCUCGGCUGGAAUACCACUAUCUGAUGGUAACGAUUCAUCGAGCGGCGGGCCGCUGUCAAUCCUGGGCAAAUACCGACACUGGGGUCAUGGAGGGAAUCAAUUCGAGCAUGCUACUCGCGGUGGAAGCAAGUCGCUCCACCUUGUUGUUUCUGCGCCCGACUAUCGAUUCGAUAUUUCCCGAGGCAUUCUGGAUGAUCACCUUUUACCCCAUGUCUGCUAUUCUCACGAUAUUCUGCAACAUCCUGCUAUUUCCACUCGACCCGCGUGCGGAGGAAGACCUUACACUUCUUGGCUCAGUCCCCGACCUUAUCAAGGGCUUUCGUCUACAACGCUUGAAGGAUAACGAAGCGGCGCAUAUGACAAUGGUGGCAGACUUUGUGGCCGAACUCACACGCUUGGGCAAUUGCGCUAUCCGUAAAGCCCGAUAUAGUGUGUCGCCGAGAUAA